UAAAACUUGCCCGCGCUCCCUUGGCGGUGCGCCGCGUGCUGCGCAGGCGCGGAGGGCCCCUGGGAGCUGCUGACAUGGCCUGCGCCAACCCGGUGCCUAUACUCUACAAAUCUGUAAUUGAAGAUGUGAUUGAAGGAGUGAGGGCUCUGUUUGCUGAAGAAGGUGUAGAAGAACAAGUCUUAAAAGACUUGAAGCAGCUCUGGGAAACCAAGGUUUUGCAGUCUAAAGCAACAGAAGACUUCUUCAGAAAUAGCAGCCACUCACCUCUGUUCACCCUUCAGUUGCCACACAGCUUGCACCAAACAUUGCAGUCAUCAACAGCAUCAUUAGUUAUUCCUGCUGGUAGAUCUCUUCCAGGUUUUACCUCAGCAGAACUGGGCACCUCAAAUGCCAGUGGAAACUUUACUUUUCCUGGUUAUCCUAUUCAUGUACCAGCAGGUGUGACGCUACAGACUGCAUCUGGUCACCUUUAUAAAGUCAAUGUACCAAUUGUGGUGACACAGACUUCUGGAAGAGCAAGUGUUCUUCAGCAUCCAAUUCAGCAAGUAUUUCAGCAGCUUGGACAGCCUCCAAUAAUACAGACCGGUGUUCCACGAUUGAGCCCAUGUUCUUAUCAAGCAACUACUGAAAAAUCACAGAGAAUGGAAGCUGUGCUGCAGCAACCCACAGUUCUACUUGCUGGGCCAGUCAAUAGGAAACAGUUAGAAAAUUCCACCAGUGAUAUUUUUGUACCUCCUGGAAAUGAGCAUAAAAUCAUGUCUGAAGCUUUGUUGAGUCAGCAGGAAAGCUCUCAGUAUGCCAGUCUUCCAGGUGUUGGAUUUUCCUUACAGGUCUCUCAAAGAGAUUCUAAUAUGGAAUUCAGUGUUUCAGCUAGCAUGACUCAAAAGCUGCCUCAUGGGCCCCUCCCCACUGGCCCUCAGGGGGCUCUCCACCAGCACAUGACUGAUGUUCAGCUUCAUGUUCUUAAGAAUAAGAUGUACGGAUGUGAUUCUGUAAAGCAACCAGGAAGUAUAGAGGAACCCAACAGCCUACCUGUGUCAGAGAAGGUAUAGUCCUAUAUUCAG